GAACAAAUUCUCUCAUAAGCGGAGGAUGGGAUACAUCUUCCUGGGGCUUAAGUUCAAAUACCGAACCACAGAAUCAGCCAAUAUCACCAACAGCAAUCACUAAGCCAGUGAGGAGGACGGUAGUAGAUGAAUCUGAAAACUUCUUCAGUGCCUUUCUCUCUCCGACGGAUGUUCAGAGUAUACAGAAAAAUCCAGUGGUGUCCAAACCUCCAGCCAAAUCACAGCGACCCAAAGAGGAGGUGAAGAGCACUUUAAAGGAGUCUCCACGCUCCAGUCAGGAGCUGGAAUUACCAGUGACAACAGAAGCAGAAGUGAAGGAUUCCUCUGUAGCUGGCCUAGGGGACUUGAAAAACCUUGAUAUUCCCAAGGAGAAAUCAGAAGAGAAUUCUGACCUUAAGUCAAACGCCAAGCACGAAGAAAGCACAAAUGAAGCUACUGACAAGAAGGUGUCUGCUCUAAAUUUGGAAGUACCUGAAGAUGCCCUUAAUGAAAAAUCCAGCGUCGGAAGGGAUGGAAUGGGAGGCGCACCAGAUAGUGCUUCGCAGCCUCUCAGUGCAAGUACAAAAGACGUGGGUUUGGAAACUAAGGAGCGAAAGACUGAGGACAGGCAAAGCAAUACACCCUCACCUCCCAUUAGCACUUUCUCCUCGGGGACAUCCACAACCAGCGAUAUUGAAGUUCUGGACCACGAAAGUGUAAUAAGUGAGAGUUCAGUAAGUUCAAGACAAGAAGCUGCAGAUUCAAAAUCCAGCCUUCAUCUCAUGCAAACAUCAUUUCAGCUUUUGUCUACAUCUGCCUGUGCAGAUUAUAAUCGUUUAGAUGACUUUCAAAAAAUGACCGAGAGCUGCUGCUCCUCUGAUGCUUUUGAAAGAAUUGAUUCGUUUAGUGUACAGUCUUUAGAUAGUAGAAGUGUAAGUGAAAUAAAUUCAGAUGAUGAGUUAUCAGGCAGGGUUUCUGCUUCAGCAUCUGUCGCUGUCAGUCCUUCUGCACCAAAGACAGAAAUGGUUGAUUCCCUGAAAAAUAAAUCUGAAAACUUGAAUGACGCUCCUGUUUUACAUGCUGAGGAAGCUGAGAUGGAAGAGAGUGGGAGAAGUGCGACCCCUGUGAAUUCUGAGCAGCCAGAUGUUUUGGUUGCUACUGUGCAAACUGUCGAAGGAGAGGUUGUGAAAGAGGAGACUGAGCCACAGCAGGGUGCUGUUGAAAAAAUGUUAGAAGAGGACCCUGAAAAGCAAGAGCUUAAACAGAUGAUUGAUUCAUUAACUGAGAAACUGGAGAAGAGGGAAAUACAGUUAUUAAGUACUAGUAAAGAAAAGGCACGCCUGGAAGAAGCAUUUGAUAACCUAAAAGAUGAAAUGUUCAGAAUGAAAGAAGAGAGCAGUAGCCUUUCAUCUCUUAAAGAGGAGUUUGCUCAGCGAAUUGCGGAUGCCGAGAAGAAGCUCCAGCUAGCCUGCAAAGAAAGAGAUGCAGCUAAAAAGGAAGUGAAGACUGUUAAAGAAGAAUUGGCUACUAGACUAAAUACCAAUGAAACUGCUGAAUUACUGAAAGAAAAAGAAGAACAAAUCAAAGGAUUGAUGGAGGAAGGAGAAAAGCUUUCCAAACAGCAGCUGCACAAUUCCAACAUCAUUAAGAAAUUAAGAGCCAAAGAAAAAGAGAGAGAAAAUCUUAACACAAAACAGAACAAAAAGCUUAAGGAAUUGGAAGAGGAGUUGCAGCAUUUAAAGCAGGUGCUUGAUGGCAAGGAAGACCUUGAGAAGCAGCACCGAGACAGUAUUAAACAACUGAACAGUGUUGUAGAGCGACAAGAAAAGGAUCUCGCUAAACUUCAGGCAGAGGUGGAGGAUCUUGAAGAACGGAACCGAAGUGUCCAGGCAGCACUUGACAGCGCGUACAAGGAACUUGCAGAUCUUCAUAAAGCUAAUGCUACAAAGGACAGUGAGGCACAAGAAGCAGCCCUAAGUCGGGAAAUGAAGGCAAAGGAAGAGCUUGGCUUAGCUCUGGAGAAGGCCCAGGGUGAGGCUCGGCAGCAACAAGAAGCUUUGGCAAUUCAGGUGGCAGACCUGAGGCUAGCUCUGCAACGUGCGGAACAGCAGGCAGCAAGAAAAGAAGACUAUUUACGCCAGGAAAUCGGUGAACUACAAGAGAGACUCCAAGAAGCAGAGAGCCGGAACCAAGAAUUGAGUCAAAGCGUUACAUCUGCUACACGGCCACUUCUCCGGCAGAUAGAAAAUCUGCAAGCCACACUGGGAGCACAAACUUCUGCAUGGGAAAAAUUGGAAAAGAACCUGUCUGACAGACUUGGUGAGUCUCAAACUCUUCUAGCAGCAGCUGCUGAGAGAGAACGGGCUGCUACAGAAGAACUUCUUUCUAAUAAAAUUCAGAUGUCUUCUACUGAAUCUCAGAAUAGUCUUCUUAGGCAAGAAAAUACACGCCUUCAGGCACAGCUAGAAGUGGAGAGAAGCAAACUGAAGAAAAUGGAAAAUGAAAACAGUAGGUAUGAGGUUGAACUAGAGGGACUCAAAGAUGAGUAUGCAAAAACCUUGGAAGAUGCAAAGAAAGAAAAGACGCUACUAGCUACUCAGUUAGAAAUGGAGAAGAUGAAAGUUGAACAGGAAAGAAAGAAGGCAAUUUUUGUGCAAGAAGCAGCAAAGGAGAAGGAUCGGAAGUCAUUUACGGUUGAAACUGUUUCAAGUACUCCAACUAUGUCACGCUCUAGUUCCAUAAGUGGAGUUGACAUGGCAGGUCUUCAGACGUCUUUCCUCUCACAGGAUGAUCCUCAUGAUCACUCAUUUGGGCCAAUAGCUACCAGUGGGAGCAACCUUUACGAUGCUAUAAGGAUGGGAGCAGGUUCAAGUAUAAUUGAAAACCUUCAAUCACAGCUAAAACUAAGAGAAGGAGAGAUUUCACAUCUACAGCUGGAAAUUGGAAACCUUGAGAAAACUCGAUCAAUAAUGGCAGAAGAACUGGUUAAAUUAACAAAUCAAAACGAUGAACUUGAAGAAAAAGUGAGGGAAGUACCAAAAUUACGGGCCCAGUUAAAGGAUUUGGAUCAAAGAUACAACACCAUUCUUCAGAUGUAUGGAGAGAAAGCCGAGGAAGCUGAAGAACUCCGACUGGAUCUUGAAGAUGUGAAAAACAUGUACAAGACUCAGAUAGAUGAACUUCUAAAACAAAGACAGAAUUAACUUCUGCUGGAACUCUUAAUGUUAUAUGAUAACAGACUGUAAAGAUAAUGGUUUAUGUAAAUGCUGAACUUAUAUGUCUUGUAAAGAAAAAACCCUGUACUAUAGAAAAUGUGACUAUAUAAUAGAGUUCAUACAUUGACAAAAAAAUCAAUGCUUUAAGUGUCUUGUACUGUCUGCAGUUAAAUUAUUUGUGCAAUAUUUAA